GUGAUAGAGUAGAGAAUAUAGUGUAGAACUUGUGAGAGAACAAGAAGAGAGUCUCCAUUUAAAGCAUUAAAUAACUGCAACCGAGUGGAUCAACAGUGAACCGAGUCUUUCAUAGCCCUCCUCGAGCCGACGGCAGUGAGCGUUAUAAAUAUUUUCUUAAGUGAGAGGGAAGAUCUCGCACGUGUGCUCUUGAGAGCGUGCCAGCAGCAGUCAGCUGGCCAGGGCAGCGGCAGUGGUGCGCAGCGGGUGCGAUAUCAACAGGCAGGCAUCUGUUGCUCCGCCGGGGGGAUAGGGCAGCGCGUCGCGCGCGAGCCGGCCGCAGGCAGAGCGGCUAUGACGCGCCGGGCCGGCCGCUGACCACCGGCUAGUUGGACAGCCAUGGCGCUCUCGCAGCAGCAGGUGCUGCAGCUCCGCGGCGACGAGCCGUCGGACUCGGAGUCGGACGUGGCCGAGCUGUCCGACCUCGAAGACGACGCCGGCCUGCCGCCGGGCGCCACCAGCAGCGACGAGAACGACGACGACGACGACGACGACGAGGAAGAGGAGGAGGAGGAGCUGCCCUACCCGGGCUUCGUGCCCAUCGCGCUGCGCUACCUCGACCAGCACACGCGCCCGCGCAGCUGGUGUCUGCGCAUGAUCACCAAUCCAUAUCCACUAGAACUGUCGACGCACGACUGUUACUUAAAGCAAAGCCGUGAUUAA